AUGUGCAAUCAGGCUAAGCUAGACAGACAAAGCAUGAAUUUCGACAACCAGUCCAACACCCAGGUGGUAGUCACCACCACUGCAAUGAGUCAAAAGGCUGGGGAGUGGAGCACGGGCAUCUGUGACUGCUGCUCUGAUAUGAACACCUGUUGCUUCGGAUAUUGGUGUUUCCCCUGCAUGCAGUGUCAGACGGCCAGUAAACAUGGAUGGUGCUGCGCAAUGCCACUCCUGGACUUUUGCUGUGUGGUGUCCUGCUUACUUCGCAAUUCUGUCAGAGAGCGCUACAACAUCCCUGGCUCGUGCUGUGAUGACUGCUGCAAAAUAUUUUGGUGUUAUCACUGUGUCUGGUGCCAGAUGAAUCGUGAGCUGAAGAUCAGGGAAAACCAGCACCCUCCCACCUCGACGGUGGUCACCACGCAGGUCGUCCGUGGAUAA